AUGUGCGAACCGUCAGCUAUUAGGUACCGCGAGACUCUGCCGCUCUACUAUUGCAGUGUCACCUUCUGUCUCGAUCACAAAGGCCAUCGGGACUACUCUGCAACAGACGGGACAUUCUAUCGAUGGCUACAACGAAACAGUACCGAAGACCUGCAGCGUAUCAGAUAUCUCGAGCUCAGCAUUCGUGUGCCAUUCAUACCGCCAGCCAAGACUGGUGCUACUAAAGACCCGAGCGUGGCUACCAUCAACAUUGAUCUCAGUGUAACGAACCCCGACAGGGCCGUAGAAUAUCUGGACUAUUACAGUGACUGCCCUCUCAUGACCAAGCCUUUGGUUAGGAAAGCGAUCGCUAAGAUACCUCGAGUCGAGAAGAAGCCUCUGGUGACCCGAGAAGUCCUCUGGGAUAUCUGGGAGGCUUGCUACUUCCUCAGCCGUUCAGAUCCUCGCGAAAGACGGACCUGGCCGACUUCGGCCGGGCAUAUGAGCUCAACCAGAGCAAAGACCACCCUCAGCGAUGGUCCGAGGAUGUCUACUACGAGAUGA